UUUUUUUUUUCUUUUCCUCCCUCAUCUUCAUCUCCACAGCUUACAUUGUCACAAUUUUGAAUCAUCCUGCUACUGACUUAACAUACUUAACAUUUUUAUCAAACUUUUCCUGUUUUCUGUCCUCCGUCCAUUUACGCCCUUGUUUUUAAACAGUUUUGAAAUCGCAAUGGGAAGCGGAACAACAACACCAAAUGGUCCAUCUAGACGUGGUUCGAUUGAAAGAGAAAGAAAGAAUGAGAAAAUGCCAACCAAACUGAGGAUUUAUUGCAUUGUUGAGGGAGAAGCAACAUCUUUUCCUGUCAGGAUUUUCCCCGAUUGUUCAGUUGGUGAACUCAAGCAAGCCAUCAAGGCAGCGAAGAAGCCAGAACUCGAUCAUGUUGCCGCAGACAAGCUCACGCUUUGGAGAGCAGUCAACCCCAAGAGAGACAGGGACGAUAAAGUAGAUUUUGAUGGCACCGUUGACAAGACAGAGCUCGAUGACGAGAUGGCACUUCUUUCUGAGCUGGACGAGCUGACCAGCCGAAGGACAUAUGUUAUUGUCAAGCCGCCGCCGCCAGCCCCAAGAAGUCCAAAAAGGAACCUAGAAGACACAGAAGACGGAGGUUUAGAAGAGCACCUUGCAAAGCGCUGUCGUUCCUUGAAGCGAUAUAUUGCAGCCGAUGGCAAACCCGUAGUUUUACCCCUCCAUAUACUGGAUUUGAUCGAAAAUAACAAGUACGCACCAGAACCCCGCGCCGAGUUCCAAUCGCUUUUGACGGUGAAGGCUGGAGAUCGAAUUACUUCAAUGGAUCUUGGUCAGAGCCCAAAAUUCUUUGCGAGAGGCUAUCAAGGUCGCGAGUUUUUUGUGACCGAACAGAUGAUGGACCAAUGGAAUAGAUUCGAAAAUGACAGUGUGGCGUCUGUCAAGAAAUGUUUAUCGGGUCCAAUGGGCGUCGGCAAAUCAUACAUUUCAUGGUUCCUUGCGGCCAAGGCAUACGCACAUGGUUGGCCAGUGCUUUAUAUUGCCGAUGCUAGUAAACUUAACAACUGUGACACUAAAACUGCCGCAGCAAAGCUAAUCUGUCAACUCUUCUUAUCCAUCAACAAAGAUAUUUUGACAGCCUCAGAGCUCAAGGAAAUGGUCGCAGAUGAAACAUCGGAGUAUCCUUAUGGGAAUAGCGCCAGCUGUAUCUUGAGUACCCUACUCCAGUUAAAAAGUCAAAAAACAUUAUUUGUCGUGGAUGAGCAUGGUGCGCUAUUUCCAGAAGAAGGUAAGUCUGCGCCCGCAAGGUUCCCAGUUUUAUGGCCUCUAAAGACUUUCAACUGUUGGAACAAUUCAAAUAACGCGAGAGCAGUGUUCGCCAGCACGGCGAAUUUUGAGAGGUGUAUUCUCACAGACGCACCGGAAUAUGUUGAGUAUGUUGGUCCAAUGUCGCCUGAUAUUUUCAAUAAGCUACUGGAUGUGAUCAUAAAUAAGGUCCACCCAACAGCCCGCCAACAUUUGAAUGAGCUACGAUGUGAGAUUCAAAGAGCCACCGGAUGUGUGCCACGGGAGCUUAAUAAUUUUUUUGACAAAGACCGUGGAGAUAUUGAGCUCACAGCUAAUGGGAUCAAGCAACGACUAAAGGGUUAUGAGAAGGAUCGCAAAAAUCAAUUCUUCGAGACCUUGAAGAGCUAUUACGGCAAAGUUGAACCGAUAUUCAAAACAGAUGUCCGUCGAGCUCUAGCCGAUGUGUUUCUGCAAAACAAGGAUCAUGCAGGAGCAACACUUGGUUGGAGAUUCUACGAUAUUGGAAUAAUAUAUCAGUAUAAGAACGCGGAAAGGGAUUUGAUUUUGCAGCAGCCAAUUACACCAGCAUCUGAGGCGGCACUUUUGGACCUAUACAGGCUAUGCCCACUCCCCAACGACUACAUAAACGCCAUAAGGAAGGGUACCUUGAGUCCUGACCAAUUUUCCGAUGCUAUCUUCCAGAAGCUUAUCAAGGAAAAAAACAUAAAGUUCAACACGACAAAUCUCGCUGGGAAGGAGGGACACGUUUUAGAGCUGAGAGUCGAUGGCUUUGAACAUCUUCAAGAUCCACCCAAAAGAUUUGAGGACGAGGGCAAGAAUAUCUUGAUAAAUGGAGGCGAACUACCUCGAUUCGAUUUUAUACUUGGCUACACUUUUAUUCAGGUUUCGAUCAGUGAUUUUCAAAAACACAACGAGGGCUCUGCAAACAUUGAUUUGGCAUUUACAGAUCGGAGAUAUUCUGAAGGCAGAAAUCAAAUCGAGUAUUUCCUAGACUACACAUACGGCGGAACUCACAGAGCAGUAAUGGAAACAACAAAGCUGACCAAAAAGACCCAAGGUAAGAAUGCUGGCGAAGAAAAAUCAGAAACCAGGUAUAAAAGAGACUUCAAAGUAACGAGAGAUGGUGUGCUGUGUCCGGACUUUAAGAUUUUGUAUAUUCGCAGGAAAAAUGACCUUGAUGACAAAGGCAACGAAGUACAUAGACCGCCCAAUGACAUCGGUAAAGUCCAGGAGUAUCCCCAGAUAAGACAUGUUUGUUGGGACGAAGUUAAAAAGAGCUUGUUCGGUGAUUUACUUUAAUUCCAAUAAAAUUUUUUAGACAAA